CUCCCAUUUCCCUUAGCCUAGUUCUAGACUUAGUCGUCGAACGGUGACAUGCUCUGCUCACUCAAUCAGCGUCUGCUUGCCCCUCCGAUCCGAGCUUGUGCCGAUCGCCGUCAGACAAGCCGGGCUCCGUACGAGUGAGUACUUUAACCCAGCCUGACUUGUGUGGGAAGAUGUCAACCACCGAACACGCCACCAAGUAGCCAGUGGCUCGAUCAGCGGAGGGGCUAAUUGGCCAAUUCAACAAAAAGCACGAGAAGCAGAAAAUCUUUCUCCGGCUUACUCUGGUAGCCGUGUCUUAUUAAAUCCUGCGUCGCCCGCCUUGUCUCGGCUUUUGGCUUGCCCAGGUUCAACCGCUUCAAUCUCAUCACCAAUUGCACCCCGCCAUGGCUUCAUCCAUGGCUGCCUCUCGCUAUGCCCAGCGCGUGGCCUCACAGGUCCGUCUGCGCUCCGUAAGGGCUCCUCGAGGCCAAUUGGCCUUCAAUCGAUGGGCAUCGUCCGCCUCAGGUAGUCGUCGAGCUCCCGCCAGCUUCGGAACGUCAUCCUCAGCAGCCGUUUGGCUUGCAGCCGCCGCCAUUGGCAUCACGGCUCCCUUGGCCUACAGCUUGACGACGGCGGAGCCUGCAAAGCUCGAUGUCACAACCCUUGCCGAGAAGGAUGAGCAGAAGAAGAGAGAGGCGGUUGUCACCGAAGAGUCGCCCAUGCGCCUGCGGAUGGAGAAGUUCAUCAAGGAGCAGCAGCAAAUAAUUGUCAAGGAGCUCGAGCGCAUCGACGGAAAGAAGUUUCGCAAGGACGAGUGGACACGACCCAAUGGCGGCGGCGGCAUAACCUGUGUGCUGCAGGAGGGUAACGUAUUCGAAAAGGCCGGCCUCGGCGUCAGCGUCGUCUACGGAACGCUGCCCAAGCCCGCCAUCUUGAAGAUGCGAGAGAACCACAAGAACCUCGACCCCGAUGUCGAGUCGUUGGAAUUCUUCGCUGCUGGUCUGAGCAUGGUGCUCCAUCCUUACAACCCUAUGGCUCCUACCGUGCACCUGAAUUACCGAUACUUCGAAACGGCCAAUCCCGACGGCACCUCUCAGGCUUGGUGGUUCGGAGGCGGCUGCGACCUUACGCCCUCAUACCUCUUUGACGAAGACGCCAUCCACUUCCACAAGACAAUCAAGGCGGCCUGCGAUUCUCACGACAAGACAUACUAUCCUCGAUUCAAGAAGUGGUGCGACAAGUACUUUUACAACAAGCAUCGUGGUGAGUGCCGAGGCGUGGGCGGUAUCUUCUUUGACGAUCUAGACGAGACAGAGCGAGACCAGGAGAACACUUUUGCAUUCAUUCAGGACUGCCUCAAGUCUUUCCUGCCGUCAUACGUUCCCAUUCUAGAGAAGCGCAAGGAUAUGCCCUAUGACGAUAAGGAGAAGGAAUGGCAGCAGAUCCGUAGAGGCAAGUAUGUCGAGUUCAACCUGGUCCACGACCGAGGCACCGCCUUUGGGUUGAACACUCCUGGAUCCCGAGUCGAGAGUAUUCUCAUGAGCUUGCCAUUGACGGCAAGCUGGAAGUACAUGUAUGAGCCAGAGCCCAAGAGCAGGGAGCAGAGACUGGUGGAUGUCCUGAAGGAGCCCAAGGAGUGGGUGUGAUUUGGUAUAUUCCUGUGUAAUAAUGCAUAAAACAGUAUAUUUUGUAGUGUAGCGGCAUAGAUAAAAAAAAGCAUCAUUGAGUACAAGUACUCUAU